UCGUCACUCCCCGUUCUGAUAAAUACUUAUGUUACAUAUGUCGAGGGCAUCUGAUAUCACACAUUCAGUUUAGGUGUAUUGACAGGAACAUAUCUGGUAACCGUAGUUUAUUUUCUCGAGGAGAAUAUGUUGCUACUAACUAGCUAUCUAACAUAAUGGUGGUAAGCUCUCCCUCUCCUCUGCCUGAGAGAGCCAUCUAUGGGUUUGUCCUCUACCUUGGCUCGCAGUUCAGCUUCUUUCUGUAUUGCGUGUGGGCCUUUAUACCAGAGGAGUGGCUGCAUUCAAUAGGGCUCACCUACUGGCCUCAAAAAUAUUGGGCCCUUGCUAUACCGAUCUAUCUUGUGGUUGCAUUAAUACUUUCGUUGGUGUUGCUGCAUGGAGUGAACAUGAACAACACGGCUCCACUCGACUCCCUGGACAACAUCACAGAUGUGUACGCUCGAGGCCAGAGGACAACGAACUGCCACAUGGGAGGGAUACCCAGACUAAAAGAUGUUUCCAUUAGUGAAGUCAACAACAUGUUCUAUUUGUCCCCCACAUCGUCGUAAACGGGAGCUGAAGUGAAGCUGCAGGGGAUUUGUUAUGGUGUCAGUAUUUUCUCUUUCUUUAUAAAAUUCUCUGCUUUUAUUUAUUCAUCCAGGGCUAAAUAACAUGGGGGAAUAAUUGACUUUCUGAAAUGUGAUGUUUCACAAUAUGAACAAAGUAACUAUUAUCAAAGGCAUUUGUGUAUUGGUUGAACGAGUUGAUUCUAUUCAAUAAAUUCCAGACUUUUGUAACGUG